CACCAAACCUCGCCCUAGUCAACGCACUUCACUUCGAAAGAAACCAAUACUAAUUAUGCUGGAUAUAUCUAAAUACAAGGAGGUGUUCCCUCCCGCCGUCGCACAUGGCUACCCUGAAAACCUUUACAACGAUAUUAUCGCCAACCGGCGCAAGCUCGACAACAAGCUCUUCUUCGACCGGCUGGUAGACACCUUGGGCGUAAAAGUCGGCCACCACUAUCCCCCCCGCACGCCAUCCGACCUGACCAGCCUCCACAAAACCAUCACGCACGCCCCAAUCCCCGACCCGCAAAAACAAUGCCUCCUCUUCUACCUGCUCAAAGACCUCUCCCCCUCCACCCACACCGAGCACGAGCUCGCCGCCGCAUUCGCGACCAAGACCCUCAUGCCGCAGAAGCUGUGGACCUUCAUGGAAGGCCUGCACGCGCUGGACCGCCAGCAGUUCAUGACGGCGGUCGAGUUCCUCUCGCACCCGAGCCUGCUGCCCACCUUCACCGAGGAGGUGCUCGAGUGCCUGCUGAAGCACGCGCGCGGCGGCGAGGACGAGAAGCUCGCGCUCGCCUACUUCCACGCCGUGCGGCCGCCGCUCGAGCGCAAGGAGGUGCGCGACACAUUCGUGGACUACCUCGCUGAGCGGAGCGUGGUGGAGGCAUUUUACUUCGUGCGGGGCCGGCCAGAGGAUGAGCGGAGGGGCUUGCUGGAGAUUGUGGUGGCGAGCGCGCUGGGUGCGUUUGCUGGGGCGCGGAAGGCGGCGAGGGGUGCAGAGAUUGUGGAUUUGCCGCUGGAGGAGGAAGAGGAGGGGUGGGUUGAGGAGUACUUGGUGGAGGGGAAGGGGAGGAAUCUACAUGGGGCGAGAGAUACGGUUAUGGCGAGGCGCAUUGCUACGGGGAGGUAUAGGGAGGCGUUGCAUGACGGCGGGGUCAAGGGGAGAAGAUAUGAUGGAGUCACUUGGGAUGUCGUGAAGGAUGGUCUUGCGAGGGGACUGGGUGAUCGGGGUCAUGAGAAGCCUUUUGUGGUUGUUUGAGGAUAGGGCUGUGCUCCAUGUUUUGGGUUUGGAUAUAGCGAUUGGAGUUGGGCGUCUGAGAAUUGAUACAUUCACUGGCGCUGGGUCCGAAUUCCGAACUGCGAAAGUUCGGAAUCUAUCCAAAAAAGAGGGGAGUUGGAUGAGGACCAGAAACUUGAUGGCAGGGAUCUGAACCUCAGGGAAGCGAGUGAUGGAGUCAGUUUUACUAACCCUCGGCCGAGGUGCCUCGCUUCAACGGCCUGCAUCGUAAACCCUCUUCUGGGACGGGCCGGUGAAUCUGUUAGCUGCCAUUUAAACCCGGAUCCAGCUGUAAAACGUUAUGAUCAAGCAGUUGCCUCAGCCGUGUCUAGGUCCAUUCAUACGCCGGAGCGCCUUCGGAAGGGUUUGAUUUCUCCGAUUCCAAGAGUCUCUUCACUCCCUUCCGCGUCAACUUCUUCACAAAGUGUAAAUAUCUACCUCGCUUCAAGAUACCCCGCUACCUCGAGCAUCGAUAG